GCCACUCUAUGCUGGCCUGCGUUGAUGCUGGUAGCCUUGGGAGCCGCUCUAAUUGAAAUCAAGGCUGCAUGCAAAAGGUUCAUGCUAGCCCGAAGACAACGCCGGUGUAUACGCGACGAGGGUUCUCCGGACCGGGGACCGACGACACCUCUCGAUCUCGAGAGCGGAGAUACCAUUCAUAGCUCUGGGAGUUCUCCGGCCGUGGUUACUACUGCUGUCGCCGUAGUUUUACUAGAUGGACUCCCGGGGGCUAUCACGCCUGCUUUAACCACAACUUGAUGGCCAACCCCGCUUGUAGUGUAGCGAGUCCCC